GAUAUUUUGUGCUCUACAGCAUCCAUUUGGAAUUUAUCAAUUGUUGGCUUGGAUCGCUACUGGGCAAUAACGGCGCCUACGGCUUACAUGACUAAAAGAAACAAGCGGACCGCCGCUUUUCUCAUUUUGUCCGUUUGGUGCUCAUCCGCCUUGAUUAGUUUAGCACCCUUAUUCGGAUGGAAACAGAUAGCGGAGCGAGGCAAUAUGGUAAUGACGGCAAAUGGCAGUUGGCAGUGUGUCUUCCUGGAUUUGCCAUCUUAUACUAUUUACAGUGCAACAGGCUCAUUUUUCAUACCUCUGGUUGUUAUGUUUUUCGUCUAUUAUAAGAUUUACCAAGCUUUUGCGGAACAUCGUGCUCGCCAGCUCUACAGACAAAAGGUAAUAAGGAAGCACAUAGAAUCUACGAUAUUGCACGAACUGAGUCAUGUGCUGCCUACAAGUGAUGAAUUUGCCAAGGAUGCUGAUUCAGGUUACUUUUGA